ACGUUUUUUGGCAAAAAUGUCGUUUAAAAAAGUUGUAGAAUACGAGAAUGUAAAAACAUCCAACUUACAGCCAUAUUCCGCCACACUGACAAAACUCACCGCGAUGACAAUUGAUAUAAAAAUGACAAUUGCAGCUUUUUGGUAUUCGCAGCAAAAUUCAAAACUCGAAUCAUGCCAAUUGUCAUUUUUAUUGUCAUGACCUAUUUGGCAGGUGACAAAGCAAAAACAUAUGUUUGUGUUGACAUAAAAAGUGCGACGAUUUAAUAAAUUUCUGAAAAAAAUAUAAAAAAGACUAAUUUCAAUGGCAGAACAAAUUUUAGUUAUUUGCGCAGCCGUGGUUGUGGAAGACGAGCAAAAGCGGGAAAGGAAGCAAGUUUUGAGGGAGCUCAGGGACGACAGCGACCCGUUUUCGAUGCAGGAGAUAGUUUUUAUCCAAAAUUUUCACUUCCUAAAUCAGUUUGUCGCGAACUAAUGCAACAAUGGAGCCACGCGACCCUCAGAAAUCCGCCAUCCCUUUUUAAUAAGAUUUUUGGGGAGCCUGUAUUUCUACGCGCAUGGUUCAUACCAGAAAUGUGCAGGAAACAACUUCCAAAUUGCGAUGAGCCAGUUGCCAUUCAUCACAUCUCAAAGCUAAUAAUGGAUGUUAAGGGCGGCGAAAUAAGGGUCCCCAAAACUUCAAAUGAGGUCUUGGAAGUUAAAAAGGGCUUUUAUACGGCAUUUAGGAUUAAGGGAACGAUAGGUGCUGUUGACUGCUCGCACAUAGGCAUAGUCGCUCUAUCAUCAACAGACCCAAGUAACCCUCUAUGCAUGUAUAUGAACCGGAAAGGUUUCUACAGCAUUAACGUAGAGGCUGUAGGUGUUACUACAUAUUUUUUUUUACAUACGGUAUGUGAUAAUCGUUUGCCGUUCACGGCUAUAAAUGCAACAUUUCCUGGAUCCUGCCACCACUCCGGUAUUUGGACUACAUCCCCAACACGCCUUCAUCUUCUAAGAACAGAUAGAAGCCAGUGCGAUAAUUGGUUGCUACGGGACCAGGGUUACCCACUGGAACCAUGGCUUCUAACUCCAGUGGCAGAGCCAUCGAAUGCAAAAGAAGUGACAUUCAACACCCUACACGCAAAGGCUCGAAAUUGCGUAGAAAGAGCUUUCGGUGUUCUGAAAUCAAGAUUUCGGUGCUUAGCAAAGCACCUAUUUCCAUAUAUGUUUCCAGUAUAAGUAUAUAUAUUUCCAGUAAAGUUUCAAUAUGUUUGGAAUGCGCCGCGCCGCGGUAUGAAAAAUUCGAUUUGUAUGGGAGAUGCCACGCACCCUUGAUAUAACGAAAUUAUUAUCUGCCUAUUACCAAAAGGUGUCCAAAAUUUCAAAAAAAUCGGUACAGCCAUUUGCGAGAUCACCUCUUA